AAUAUCAUAUCUGCCAUGGUUCAGCUUGACGUCGCUGAACUGAUGAACUGAUGAACCUACACGUGCUGCAGCGAAGACCAAGGGCAAAAUUUAAAAGCAUGAUAUAUCUGCUAGUCUACUUGUAGACGCAGUUAGAUGGCACUACCGUUAACCAAUGCGCUACUUCGCCGAAACGACUUUGGCCCGGAUCGCUUCGUGCUCGUUCCCUGCGAGAAAUAAACGUCUCUAAGAUAUCAUGGGAACAGCCUUGCGAUAGUGAAAGUCAGCUGUCUCGCCGUCGUGACUUUGUGUUUAUGGAGUUGGGGGAGAGCCAGGGUGUUGGGCAUGUUGGGUCAGCGCGGCGGCCCCAUGAGCAUGCCGGGACCCACGCUGCUGGUCAUGGCGCAGCCCUGCCACGUCUCCUCCACAACGCUGGAGCGCAGCCGCUGGGCGCGCGAGCUCAUCUGGCCUGCGGCCGCCAACCAGACACACCCGCGUCCGAUCCGCAUCUCCAGCCGCAGAACCUGGCCGCGUCGACGCCGCGUCAUAGUGCGGCCCGGAGGCCACGCCUCUGCUGCCGCAGCCGCACAGCAGCGCCAUGCAGGUGUCAGUGCGGAAGCGGACGACGAGGAGGUGGACGUGCAGGCGGUGGAGGAGGAGGGCGCGGUGGCGACAAACACCAGCAGAGACUGCGCGAAGCCGGCGCCCGGCGUUGAGGGGGUCGUGGACACGCCAGCGCCGCCGCCGCAGUUCGGCGACAAGGCCGACACGCCGCAGGCUCUGGAGAUCGUGGUUCGUCCCGCGGUGGACAGCGUGGAGGCCGCGCUGGAUCGCAUCAAGAUGAACAUGAACCUCAAGUUUGCGGACUGGGGGCUGCCCUGCCCCAUCACAGGACAGCCGGGCGCAGUGGCGCACGCGGCGGCGGCGGCGGCGGGCGGCCAGCAUGCGGCCAGCGGCAGCUUGUGAGCGCAGCGGUGUUGGGCGUGCGGUAUGUGUGGAGUGCUGAGAAUGAGGGGGCGGAGCAGGAUAGCGUGAGUAGGCCCGUGUACAAGAGCCGCCCAGGGCAGGAGUCUCCCGUCGGCGCGGAGAAUUGCAAGCAGCAGUGGGCGCAACAAAUAAAGAGAGGAUGGCUACGU